AUGCCUUUUCACAAGUCUGGGCUCGUCUUCCUUGCCGUUACCUGUUUCGGCCACGUCGCUUUGGGCGACGGUCCUCCUCCUCGUUGGGAAAACCCUGAGGGUGGCAACAUGAUCCUAAUGACUAGCAAGGAGCGUAUCUCUUGGGGCGACCAAAACCCCGGCGAUGUCAUUCUCAACCAUCUGCACGACAUGUGCGUCCAGGGCCAUUGCUCGACUGAUCCCCUCACAAUCAAUACUCAGGUAGUCAUCAAGGGGAAAAACGUCAGAAAAAACCUGGUGGUCGAGGUCAAGCAGUCAACGAUUCCACUACACGGUCCCGGAACGCCUGGGCCUCUUCUCGCCGCUCUCGAAGGCGUCUUGCGCGAUCCACAGUGGGCUACCGUCGAGACAGUGCACUGGGAUCAACAGUCGCAGAUGUCCAGCUGCCCCAACCCCAUGAAUAACAAUUGUGCCAUUCCCGUUGGGGAUUACGGCGACAUACCCCAAUACAACGCUCCGCACGAGAUUGGUCUGACGUACGCUGUGGAGAAGGCGGAUGAGUUUGCCGAUGUGCUUCUAAGCAUCAAGACGGUGGAUGAGAACGGGUCAGCAUGGGAUUGCCAGAAGCUCUUCGAUACUGCUGGGGCCAUCGCUGGGAUGAUGAAGGGGGUUCCUGGGGCUGGCUUUACUCUUGGCUCUCUGCUUUGCGGGAUAUUUGCAUCGAAGCCGUGA